AGCAUGUCCAAGUAUGAAUCAGAAAACACAAAAUUAGAUGUUCUGGCAUGGAGCCAGUAUCAACCUUGUUUUCUGAAUCGACAAAUAAUCUCUCUUUUGUCUACCCUUGGGGUCAAAGAUCACGUCUUUGAAAAGAUGCAAAGAGAAGCAGUGCAUCAACUGGAUACCAUAUUAACAGAUCCUCUAAGGGCUCAGGAGGCGCUAGAUUUGAUGUCUUCAGGAGAGAACACUAACAUUCUCAAGGAAAUGCUUCUGUGUGAUUAUAAGCCUGAUGCAGAACCAUUCCUCUCAAUGAUGCUGCAAACUUUCCGGGCAUCAAAAUUGCUGGACUUGCGGACUAGAACAAGAAUAUUUGUUCCUCGUGCAAGAUCAAUGAUGGGAUGUCUAGAUGAAAGUGGAAUCUUGGAGUAUGGGCAGGUAUUUGUGCAACUUUCUGGCACGGGACGUAAGCUGUUUGAUGACUAUUCCCUUAAGUACAAUGGCCGUGUCUUGGACCAAUGUAAUUUCAUAGUUGAGGGCAAGGUAGCUGUUGCAAAAAAUCCAUGCUUACAUCCUGGUGAUGUCCGUGUUUUAAUUGCUGUUGAUGUUCCAGCUUUGCACCAUAUGGUGGAUUGCGUUGUUUUUCCACAGAAAGGGGAGAGACCUCAUCCAAAUGAAUGCUCAGGCAGCGACUUGGAUGGUGACAUUUACUUUGUCUGUUGGGACUCUGAUCUGAUUCCUCCCUGGCAAGUCCAACCUAUGGAUUAUACCCCAGCACCACCUAUGGUGUUGGAUCAUGAAGUUACAAUUGAGGAAGUCCAGGAGUAUUUUGCAAACUAUAUAGUCAAUGACAGUCUGGGCAUCAUUGCAAAUGCUCACACAGUCCUUGCUGAUAGGGAACCUUCCGAGGCAAUGAGUGAUCCUUGUUUAGAGCUUGCAAGGCUGUUUUCAAUUGCAGUCGACUUCCCAAAAACUGGAGUUCCAGCUGAGAUACUACCUCAUCUGCGUGUCAAAGAGUAUCCAGAUUUCAUGGAAAAGCCUAACAAAACCACCUACAUAUCAGAACGUGUGAUUGGAAAGCUUUUCCGAGAGAUAAAAGACAUUGCACCAGACACAAACUCUAUUAAAACCUUCACAAGGGAAGUGGCGGAACGGUCAUAUGAUCCUGACAUGGAAGUAGAUGGUUUUGAGGAUUACAUUGAUGAUGCUUUUGAUUAUAAAACCGAGUAUGAUAACAAGUUGGGUAACAUGAUGGAUUACUAUGGCAUAAAAACCGAGGCUGAAAUACUGAGUGGUGGUAUCAUGAAAGUAUCUAAAUCUUUCAACAGGAGAAGGGAUGCAGAAGCAAUUGGUUGGGCUGUAAAGUCUUUGAAGAAGGAAGCCAGGACCUGGUUCAAAAAGAAAGAGAGCGACUCAGAUGCUGGAGCUGAUGAUGUUUAUGCAAAAGCUUCGGCUUGGUAUUAUGUAACAUAUCAUCCUACGUAUUGGGGUCGCUACAAUGCAGGAAUGGAUCGGGAUCAUUUCCUUAGUUUUCCAUGGAUUGUUUAUGACAAGUUGAUCCAGAUCAAGAGGGAUAAAUCAAGUCUCAGAAGGGCUCUCCAUAUGUCUUCACUUGAACGGCAGUUCAAUUAUGGAUUGAGUUUGAAUUGAGAACUUUUGCAUCAAGCCAGUUCAAUAUUUUCCUAAUUUGAAGAAUGUGAAGCAAUGUGAUUUUAUGGUUUUCCUUGACCACCUUAGCUAAUGUAUGGGUUUCUGUUCUAUGUCUGAUUAUUUGAGGGUGUAUAUUGUCUGAACUAAUAGAUGUAAAUGAGGAGUGUGUAUGUACAAAAAUAAUAAAUGAUGUUUUCCUAAUCGUUUUUCUUUGAUUCUGCAGCUUUGUAUUGGAUGUUAAGCCCUUAUUUAUCCUUUUGCAGUUAUAUAUAUUCUUGUUAGCAGAGGCAUGAAGAAGUUAGCACAUUACAUGAGAAGUU